CCGCUCCGUGAGUCUUCCCUUCAUCGGCCCAGGACCUAGAUCCCGUCCUGCAAACGCGCAGAUCGAGAUUUCGGACUACUUGUCGAUCGCGAUCUCGAGCGAGCGAGCGAUCGCGAGGUAUUUCACGUUUACGUUAGCGUCUUUAAAAUGGAUGCGAGAAACCGGAAGAAAUCAGGCGGAAGAAUCAGAAUUACGGACUAGCACUGUGUUUACAUUUUCUGAAGAGAAAUACCAGGAUUUCUCGACGUUGAUAGGAAUAGAGGGAUCUUAAUUAGAUCCACCGGUGAAACGGAAUAUCUCACUCGACGAUCGAUCAUAUGUCAGUGCCCUGACGUAUUCUUCACAUUUCGUGACUCGAUCGUGCUCUUUAUAUCUAUUACGAUUCAUCGUGUCAAUAUUCCGCGCGUUAAUAAUGGCCCUCAAAGUGUUAUCCAUGGAUCUGCGCGAUAAUUCUCAUCUCGAUUUCGUCUCUUUCAAUAAUCAUUGACAUGUCGUAGGUGCAUUAGGUCCAUCGAACUUAAUUAUUUGCGCGCGAUAUCACGUCGUUCAUGAUUUUAAUUCAAUUUUGAUCUCAAAUGCAGUGACGACUCGUCAUUUUUAUACCAAACGCUAAUGUCUCGCUUCGGGUUUAAGUUUAAUUAAAUCCAAAGUGAGAGACGCGCAAACUCACGCGGGAUGCGAAUAUUCGUGACAACUCCCUUGAGUCGCUAACAUUUUGCAAGUGCCACGAGUGCAAUUAAUGUCGCGUGUCAUUAACUCUUGUAUUUGAUUUAAGCCUCCAAGAGGCUACGUGCGAAACUCGUACCGCAAAUAUCGGUGACGAAGUAGUCAUUAUCGCUAUGAAAGCGAGCGGUUUCUCGAACGACGAUCAUGCACCGUGACAAUCCACUGCACGACAACUGGUUAAUUUUUGGCAGUUUUUCGUCAGCAAUCAUGGCAAAUGUCGAGCGGCCACACAACAGUGUGAACGCGAAAACAUGACCAACUCGCAGAUGAGAGAAAUGAUCAUGACGGCGGUUACUAGAUCGUAAUGAGAUGCAAAGGGCCUGAUCGCACGUGAGAAGAUACCACACGAAUAAUCGCGAAGCGACAACGGCGGGAACGGGUGGAAACGAUGGGGUCCUUGCCGAAUCUUCAUGAGCUGUCCAAGGAAAAGCUGGAGAGCCCGGUGUACAAACCGGCGCCGAUCGGCAGUCUUGGUCCAGUGCGAUUGCCGCCGCAGCCUCCGCCGUUGGCGCACUCGCAUAAACGCGCGAGAAGCAGCGGACAUCAUCAUUCUACCCUGAGCGACAAUGAUGCCAUGCUGGAGCACAUGGCGGCAUAUUCGCCGAUUUCCUGCCGAUCCACGCGCACAUCGGCGCUGUCCUGGCGACGUCGCGACUCCAUGAACUCGUCGGCGGGCGCGUCAUCGGUGCGCCGGCUGAUCGCGGCGGUCCGUGCGGCCCCAGCUGGACCUCGGCCACCGCGUAAGGCCGUUUUGCGCCACAUCGCGGCCCUACUGCUCGGUCACGCCAGUUGUUCAGCUGCCACGCUGCCCAUUUUCCCGCUGCAAGCAGGUCUAGGUGCGUUCGAGCCGCAUCUGGGUCCGGUGCUGCUGGCGCAGCUCUACAUGAUGGCAGCCGUCACCAGCUGCUUCGCGCCCAUCGUCGUGCAACGGCUCGGCACGAAUCUCGCCAUCACCGCGAGUCACGUGGUCACCGCAAUCUUCGUCGGCGUGCAUUUGUAUCCUAAAUGGUACAUACUCGCACCCAGCUACGCGAUGCUAGGCUGCUGCGCCAGUUCGAGUUUUCUAGCAAGAACGUCGCACAUCAACGUGUCCGCGAAUAGCCUGGCGAUGGUCUGCGUGGAUCCUGAAGAUCCGGAUGAGACGCGACGCGAAUGUCUGUUGAGAAGGCUCAACCGAGGAAUAAAAUUAGCCGAGGACAUCGGUCUCGCAAUUGGUUGCCUCAUCGCCGCGGUUCUCGUCAGAUUAACGGAUCUGAUACCGUCUAGCAUAAUGAAUAGUGAUAUAGGGGAUGUCUGCGGAGCCGAAUACUGUUCGGAGGAGAUGUACUUUUACAACGAAUCGCUCUACGUGCCCACGAUCGCAUCGGGCACGUCGAGGGUGCUCGUCAGUAUUUGGCUCGGUCUGGCAGUGCUUGGUUUAGGCAUUUCCUGCGCAUUCCUCGACUCGAGAAUGCAGGAGCCUCAGGCAAACCACGAUCGCACCAGCGUCAAGGACAUCCUCAAAUCUGUAAAAUGCGCUUUUCAGGAUCCAAAGCUUCAGCUCGCAGCACCGCUCACGCUCUUCAUCGGACUGGAACAAGGUUUCAUCUACGCCGAUUUUAUGGAGGCGUAUGUGGUGUGCACCUCAGGCGAUGCUGGCACGGUCACCUUAAAUUUUUUAAGCUUGGCUCUGUUGCAAGCUCUUGCUGCCGUAACACUCUCGAUGCUGCUGAGGCAAAUUAAAAGGUACUAUGUUGUGGUCGUGGGUUUCGCCUUCCACGCUUGUCUCUUGCUUGUCUUGGUCACUUGGAGGCCGACAGGAGACGACCCAGCUCUCUUUCAUGUCAUAUCAGCUGCCUGGGGAGUUUGUAAUUCCAUUUGGGAGACUUUGAUAUAUACGCUGGUGAUGGGCCUCUACCCGAACGCGUGGCAGGGUCCGCUGUCGACGUCGCUCUUCUGGCGUUGGCUCGGACUGACCCUCGCCCUCAGCCUGCACGGCGCGGUGUGCACCCGUUACCGCGUUCUGGGCCUCGCCGCGACCCUGGUCCUGGCGGUGGUACCGCAUCUCUGGCUGGAGAGUCGUCUAGCGCGCCGGGGUAAAACUCUGGCGCCCUUAUGACCAGGCGACUCGACGGCGAGCGAGCGCGGGUCCACCGUC